GCAAGCUAUGUGAUCUUGAAAUCUAACUCUCCUGGUCCAGCUCCUGUAUAACAUGCCGGAGCGCAGUAGCAAACGGAAAGCUGCCGCUGACUUCAUAGCAUCCAUCGAGCAAUCUGGGCCUGCAGCAAAGAAGGCAAAGGCGGCGCCUCGGCGUAAGGCACCCCAGGUAGAUGCCGGGCCAUGGCCGGAGUACUUCAAGGGGCUUGAGAAACUGUUCAAGUCGCUUAACACGGUCAUCGCCUUCUGUCAUGCGAGGAAGCAUCUAGCUGUCACGUUCGACACCAUUCGAUCGUCCGUAGAAGGUCUCAUUAAGCAACCACUCGAUUUGGCCAGGGUAGCCGAAAUCAAAGCCAUCAUACCAGACCUUGUUCGCUUCGCAUAUGUCGAAGCUGAGUCCAUUCGGGUUCACCACGAUCGUGAGGUUGCAUCUUCGUCCUACUCCCGAAAGUCUGGGCGAAAGGGCUCACCUGACUUCCAACUCGCGCCCGCCGAAGACCCCAGCAGGUGCGAACAUGUCCUCGUGUUGGACUUUGUGGAGACGAAUAAGAACACCCAAAAGAUAAAGGAGGCUGCAGGAAAGUUCUCUGCACCUCCGGCGCUUACACAGCAACAGCUGAUGAAGCUGAUCGAGAAACGUUCGCAAAGCUUCACACGGGCUGUGAAUGAAUUGCUCGCCGCUUGUGCUGCAAAUGGGGACGACCCGGUCCGACUAGUGCAAGACGCAGCGCGUGCCCACGUCCCUGUUCAUCCCCUCAAACGGACACGGCCCAAUGACGUUCAAGAGGAAGAAAGCGCGAACUCUGGAUCUAACCAACCCCCCAAGGUUGUCCCGGACCCACAGCUUCGUCUACCGAUUGACACCAUUAUCAAGCGGCUGACAGAGGAUGAGCACUACAAAGGACAGAUCGUGAAGCGACGCGAGUUUCAAGCGAAAGAUGCAGUCUGGGGACGACUGAACCGCACCCUCUCACCGGCUAUCAAGGAGGCCCUUCUGAGCGCGCGCAAAGUCGAGGGGUUCUAUAGCCAUCAAGCAGCCGCUCUUAACGCCAUCUGGGACGGGAAGAACGUCGUGGUCUCGACCAGUACGGCAAGCGGGAAGAGUGUAAUCUAUCAAGUUCCGGCCCUGUGCAACUUGGAGGAGGAUAAGAGCUCAACGGCCAUCUUUAUUUACCCGACAAAGGCCCUGGCGCAAGACCAGUUGACGGGGCUUCAGCAGCUGCUAGUUAGAGUUCACGGUUUGGAGGGCAUUAUGAUCGCGGCGUACGAUGGCGAUACCCCAAAGGAUCGACGGCAAAAUAUCAGAGAGAACGCCUCAAUAAUCUUUACCAACUUCGAUACCCUACAUGCAUCUAUCCUGCCCAACGAAGAUACCUGGCGCCACUUCCUCAGAAACCUGAAGAUGGUUGUAGUCGACGAGCUGCAUUAUUAUUCGGGUUUGAUGGGAACUCAGGUGUCUUUCGUAGCUAGAAGAUUGAGGAGGUUGUGCGCUGCUGUUGGAAAUCGACGCUGCGUCUUCGUCUCUUGUAGCGCCACUAUUAAUGAUCCGAGAGGACAUAUGAUGAACAUAUUCGGUGUGGAUGAUGUCGAAGUCAUCACUGAUGAUGGAGCCCCCACAGGACAUAAGGACUUCCUUCUCUGGAAUCCGCCCUUUUUGGAUGAGAUGGACCCAGCCCUUGGCCGAUCUAGCUCCAUGCAAGAAGCAUGCUACCUUUUCCGAUAUCUCAUGAAGCAUGGGGUGCGCACAAUCCUUUUUUGCAAGAUUCGGAGAACAUGCGAGUUGGUCAUGAAAUCUAUUCGACAUCAGUUAACAGCGGAGGGAAGGCAGGACAUCCUGGACCGUGUGUCCGCAUACCGAGGCGGAUAUUCCGUUGCAGAUCGCCGUCGCAUUGAGAAAGACGCUUUCUCCGGGCAUCUAUUGGGCAUUAUCGCGACCAAUGCACUAGAGCUUGGGGUCGAUAUCGGAACUUUGGACGCCGUCAUCAUGCUCGGCUUUCCAUUUGGCAUUGCAAGCUUGAGGCAGCAGGCUGGCCGUGCUGGCCGCAGAGCCCGCGAUUCUCUGGCCAUCCUCGUGGGCGAUUCACUACCAAUUGAUCAGCAUUACAUGCUGAACCCAGACGAAGUCUUCGAAAAGCCUACCGAACCACUCAUCGUCGAUAUUACGAACGAAGGAGUACUUGAAAGUCAUCUUCAAUGUGCUGCAGAUGAAUUGCCCAUUCGUUUGCAAGACGAUGGGAAGUAUUUCGGCCCUUGUUUUGAAGAAGUCUGCAAAAGUCGCCUGAUUUGCGACAAAGAGGGAUGGUACACCACCCAUCCGUCGUACAAGCCGCGACCAACUAUGAUGGUCUCCCUUCGUGGUAUCCAAGAAGAUAAGUACACCGUCAUCGACAUCACAACGCAGGACGAGCAACAUGGGGCGGCUCGCGUACUGGAAGAGAUAGAGCUCUCUCGUGCAAUCUUCGAAACCUACGAAGGAGGCAUUUUCAUGCAUCAGGGUCUAACCUUCUUGGUUCGAGAAGUGGAUCAUGAUACCAGGAUCGCUAAGAUUGCACGUGCAGAUGUGAAUUACUAUACAAAGCCAAGGGAUUUCACGGAUGUUGAUCCCUCUCAAACCUAUCGCAUUAGAGAGAUCAAAGAUUCCCAGCAGCGUUCGUACUUUGGCCGAAUCGUGCGUAAAACUGUCGUAUUCGGCUUCUUCAAAAUGAGGGAAACAACCAUUCUUGACACUGUCGACCUUGAUUCACCCCCCUUUAUUCGGUCAUCAACCGGCUUUUGGAUUGAUGUUCCGCGACCUACCUUGAAUCUCCUCAUUGACAAAGAUAUCAAUCCAGCCGAGGCUAUUCAUGCUGCUUGUCAUGCAGUCCUCAGCAUUCUUCCCGUUUUUGUGCUUACUGCACUAGGAGAUGUUGGAACUGAGUGUAAGGCGCCUCAGAAGGAAUACAUGCAAAAGGAAUCCCAAAGAAAACGACCGGCUCGGUUGAUCUUCUAUGACGGUACUGCCGCGAGUGGAAUAUGUGCAAAAGUGUACGAUCGGACCCAUCACGUCCUAGCAAAGGCUCUUGAGAUACUCGAACAUUGUGGCUGCGAAGACGGGUGUCCCGCGUGCAUUCGCAGCAUCAGCUGCACUGAGCACAACAUCGUUCAAAACAAGAUUGGAGCUCAGAUCGUGCUUAGAGGGGUGCUCAAUCUCCCCAUUGACGCGGACAGCAUAGUCCCACAGUAUAACCGGUAUCAUAUAACUGUUGUUGAAGCAGAACCCGUGGGGGCUCGUGGAAUACCCUUAGAACCUGAUGAAGACUGAGUGAAGGAAUAUUAUACUUUAUAUUGACUGGUGACUUUUGUAUCUUUCGCUAAUAUCUGUGAAGUAUACAGGAACAGAGUCAUCCGCCCAAAGACAGAAUAUUACAUACAACAAAUGAAUAGAUGUAACAUACUUCGGAAGAAUUUCAUAUAUCACAAUAAUCUCACAUCAAAAUCCAACAAAAUUAUACCGUUGAGUGAGGAUUAAUAUUCUGGCGUUCUGGAUGAAAAUGUGGGACAGCACAGUUUCUGAACCAGUGGCUACAGGACCGCAUUAGGGAAUCCCGUUGUAUUCAUCGACGUAUCUUGAUCUCUGCCAUGCUGCUCUGGAACGUAGUACUUGCAUCGGUUCCUCUUCCCGCGACCUGGACACGUCGUUCCUUCAUCCGCGUGUCCCGUAUCAAUGCAAACUACGCAAUGCCUUGCGUUGCGUUUGGACGCUCGUU